AUGUCAAAACACAUCAAUAGUUCCAGAGUGAAUGAAUUUAUCCUCAUGGAUUUUUCUGAGAGGCAUGACCUACAGACAGUUUUAUUCUUUCUAUUUCUACUAAUGUAUCUUUUCACUGUAUUGGGAAACUCAGGUAUAAUAUUUCUUGUGUAUCAUAAUGCCAAUCUUCACACUCCCAUGUACUAUUUUAUCAGUAGUCUAUCAUUUUUAGACAUUUGCUAUUCUACGGAUAUUGUCCCACAAAUGAUAGCAGUUCUCCUUUCUGAGAAGAAGACUAUCUCCUACGUUGGAUGUGCAGUUCAACUCUUCUUCUUCUGUGCAUUUGGCAGCACCAAAUGUUGCCUCUUUGCUGUAAUGGCCUACGAUCGCCAUGUUGCAAUAUGCAAUCCACUAAACUACAGUUUAUUAAUGCAGGAAAGGACAUGCUGGGUACUAGUAUCUGGAGCUUAUACUAUUGGAUUCCUGCACUCAGUAAUUGAGACCUGUUGCACAUUCAGCCUCUCGUUCUGCUCCUCAAAUAUCCUCCACCAUUUUGCCUGUGAUUUUCCUUCAUUGCUAAGUUUAUCUUGCACAGACACAACAGCCAAUAAGAUUGUUCUAUUUAUUUUUUCAUCAUUAUUUGUAUUUCCUCCUGUCUUGAUCAUCCUUACAUCAUAUGUCUCCAUCUUUUUGGCCAUCAUGAAGAUAAAAGCUUCAGAAAGCAGAAAAAAAGCUUUCUCAACUUGUGUCUCUCAUAUCAUCUCAGUUACCUUACUGUAUGGAACAAUUUUUUAUGCCUAUUUAAGUCCAAAAUCCAAAUACUCUUCAGAAAACGGGGCUGGAGCUACUUUUGUUUAUGCUGUGGCGAUACCCAUGUUAAAUCCAAUAAUUUAUAGUUUUAGAAAUAAAGACAUUAAAACUGCAAUGCAAGUGACAUUUCAUGAAAUGAUCACAAGGAGAAUUUAA